AUGUUUUUACAACGUAAUGGUAUAAGACUAAUACGGCCAUUAACAAAAUUCAAACCAAUAUAUAAGACUAGCAAUCUUCGACUAUUUCCAUCAUAUAUUAAGGUAAAUCGAAGUUUAUCAUAUUCCAGACCAUGUUUGAAAUCAAAUGAUUUGAAAAAUUUUCCAAAACUUGGACCAACGGAUGUCCCAAAAGAUACUGGGGAGUUAAAACCUAAAGAUGUAAAACCAGGACAGUCGAAACCUUCACCUAAUUCAUCAGAUUCUGCUCAUACGUUAUUUGGUAGAAAAGUUUCAACAUCAGAAUUAUUCAUGUUACGUUCAUUAUUUAAAACUAUAUGGCCAAAAAAUAAUCCAAAUUUUAAGUUUAGAGUUCUUUUAGCUAUUUCAUUAUUAAUUGGAUCAAAAAUUUUAACAGUUCAAGUUCCUUUCAUUUUUAAACAAAUUAUAGAUAAAAUGAAUAUUGAUUGGAGUCAAGAUGUAGGAUUAUUAACAACAGUAAUUGGAUCAUUAAUUUUAGCUUAUGGAGGAGCAAGAUUUGGAGCAGUUUUAUUUGGAGAAUUAAGAAAUGCCAUAUUUGCAAGUGUUGCUCAAACUGCAAUUAAAAGAGUUGCUUCAAAUACUUUUAAUAGAUUAUUAAAUAUGGAUUUACAAUUUCAUUUAUCUCAACAAACUGGUGGAUUAACAAGAGCUAUUGAUAGAGGUACAAAGGGGAUAAGUUAUGUUUUAUCUGCUAUGGUUUUUCAUAUUAUUCCAAUAACUUUUGAAAUUAGUAUUGUUUGUGGAAUUUUAAGUUAUAAUUAUGGUUUACCAUUUGCUGCAAUGACUUUUACAACUAUGUUAGCAUAUCUGAUUUUUACAAUAAAAACAACAGCAUGGAGAACAAAAUUUAGAAGACAAGCUAAUAAUGCAGAUAAUGAAGCAGCAACUGUUGCAUUAGAUUCAUUAAUAAAUUAUGAAUCUGUUAAAAUAUUUAAUAAUGAAGGUUUUCAAAGUAAAAAAUAUAAUGAUGCUUUAACAAAAUAUCAAAAUGCUUCUGUUAAAGUAGCUACAAGUUUAGCUUAUUUAAAUGCUGGACAAAAUUUCAUAUUUACACUGGCUUUAACUGCAAUGAUGUAUAUGGGAUGUCAAGGUGUUAUAUCUGGUGGAUUAACUGUGGGAGAUUUAGUGUUGAUUAAUCAAUUAGUUUUUCAAUUAAGUGUUCCUUUAAAUUUUUUAGGUUCAGUUUAUCGAGAAUUAAAACAAAGUUUAUUAGAUAUGGAAAAUUUAUUUCAAUUACAAAAUGUUCCAAUAAAAAUUACAGAAAUUAAAGAUGCUCCACAAUUAAAGUUAAAUUCUUCAAAACCUGGAGAAAUUAAAUUUGAAAAUGUUACUUUUGGUUAUCAUCCAGAUCGUCCUAUUUUAAAAAAUGCAAGUUUUACAAUUCCAGCUGGAGAAAAAGUUGCAAUAGUUGGUCCAUCAGGAAGUGGGAAAUCAACUAUAUUAAGAUUAGUAUUUAGAUUUUAUGAUGUUCAACAAGGCAAAAUUUUAAUUGAUGGACAAGAUAUAACAAAAGUUUCUUUAGAAAGUUUAAGAUCUAAAAUUGGUGUUGUACCACAGGAAACUCCAUUAUUUAAUGAUACAAUUAUAGAAAAUAUUAGAUAUGGUGAUUUAAAUUCAACAAAUCAACAAAUUGAUGAUGUUAUAAAACAAGUUAAAUUAGAUCAAUUAAUUAAAGAAUUACCUGAAGGUAAAGAAACAAUAGUUGGAGAAAGAGGAUUAAUGAUAUCAGGAGGUGAAAAACAAAGAUUAGCAAUUGCAAGAUUAUUAUUAAAAAAUGCACCAAUAACAUUUUUUGAUGAAGCAACAUCAGCAUUAGAUACUCAUACAGAACAAUCAUUAUUAAAAACAAUAAAACAAACUUUUAAACAAUCUCAAAAUACAAAUAUUUCAAUAGCUCAUAGAUUAAGAACUAUAUCGGAUUCUGAUAAAAUUAUAGUAUUAAAUAAAGGUCAUGUUCAAGAACAAGGUAAUCAUUUAACUUUAUUAAGUAAUCCUGAAUCAUUAUAUUCACAAUUAUGGAAUAUUCAAGAGAACUUAGAAGAAGAUGAAGAAAAAUUGGAUAAAUUAGAUGAAGAAGGUAGUGAUAAAUCUAAGUAG